AGUAGAAGCUUUGAGCGAUUUCGCUGAUUGGUUGAAGAGCGGCAUUCUUCUUUUCCCCCGCUGCGAAAAAAAAACCCCGAAACCGCUGCUGCGCGAUCAGUCGGUUAUAGAAGAAGCGUAGCCACAAAACAAAACACAACCAACACUCCCUAUUUCAUACAAAACAAAACAAAGCAGCGGAUAAUUAAUGAGAAAGUGCUUCACGCGACGCCCGAUCACGGGUAAAUCUUAUAGCGAUCAAAAGAGAAAAGGAUGGCGCGGAUGUGAACCACUUCAUUUCUUCCUGUUUUCCCGAUAAGAUUUCAAAAGCCUUUUUUUUCGGUCGCCUGAGACGUUUCAUUUCAUUGCCCCUUGUGAGUUCUGUUUUCAUAUUUCUGACUAGCGGUGCUGUCAAGACAAAGCAAUAAAAAGCGCUUACAACAACACGUCAUCCACCUUGUGCCGAUGACGAAAAAGCGAAAACACUUGCACCACCGCCGCCGUAUCUCCCUCAAAUCGGUAGUGUUCACCACCACAGAAUAUUGCUGCCUCUUUUUUCGAUGAAAUGGGCGUUUGUCGGUACUACUACCUUUGCAACAAAUGGCACCUCUGUUCCUCAUGCAAAGUGUACUUUUCUUCUUUUGAUCGCUCACCUGUUGUGACAUCACUUCUUUCCCCUCUCUUUACCUCUGUGGCUUUUCUUUUACACCUCAACAACGAUGAUUACGUUUCUGACGUGCGCUCGGCCGCAGACUUCACACGAGCCGAAGGCGAUCUCGCAUACCCGUCAAACUCAAUUAUACCCUCCCACCGGUCGUUUCGAAUAUUUACUUUUAUUUCAUCUUUUUUAUCUUCAUUUUUUCUCUCUCUCUCCGUCCAUCGACAUUUGGUGCUCUUCGUUCUCGUUGUAUCACUCAGUGUACACCCUUUAUUUCUUUUCUUUUCUUGUUGCUGUUUUCUUGUUUCUUCCUUUGUCACAGGCACUUUCACCUUUUCUCGAAUUUUCCCUUUGUUGUUGCUCCCCACCCCCUCCAUACCACGCCGUCCCCGCACUGAUGUUUCGCAGCAGCUGGGUCGCACUGAGCGCGACUGGUCGCAGUCGUGCCAUGCUGCGCGCAGCGGGCCUGCUGGGCUCAUCCUCCAUCCUGUCCGUCAAUUCCUCCGCGCCGUCCUUUUUCAGCGCUCCGCUGCACCAGCAGUUUCGCUGGACGUCGGGCUCGCAGAGCCACCUCAUUUACAAGUCUAAGCUGCCCUCUGUGAUGGCGGUGGUGAACAAGGAAACGACGUUGUACGGCUACCUGAUGAAGCGAAUGGCGGCGAUGGACCCAAAGAAGAUCGCUGCAGUGCAGGUGGAGACCGGAAAAACCUACAGCUACCUGCAGCUCAUGCAGGCGACUGAGUACACGGCGAUGGCAUUGUACCAGCAGGGUGUGCGCAAAGGGGAUGUUGUGUGCCUGUGCCUGCUGAACACCGCCGUCUACGGCCCGCUGGUAUACGGCGCGUUGCGGUUAGGUGCCAUCGUAUCCCCCGUCAACGCGGUCGCCGCUGCCUCCACCCUUGCCUACCACUUCAAGACGAAUCAGUGCAAGAUCGUGUUCGGCAUGCGUUUCUUCCAGAAGCAGUUGGACGAAGCCGUGGAUCUGGUGCAGCGUGAAACGGGUCGCGUGAUCAAGAUCAUGUACCCAGAGGAGUUUCUCAAGACGACGGACAUCCCACCGAUCCCGAAGGACUACGACGGCUUGAAGGGCGCAACCCUUGACGACACCGCUCUCAUCCCCUUUUCCAGCGGUACGAUGGGUCUGCCGAAAGGUGUGCAGCUGACGAACCGCGCCCUCAUCGCGAACGUGGAGCAGACCGCACAGGCCCAACAGCUAAAUUCUCAGACGGUCAGCCUCGCCAUCUUGCCGAUGUUCCACAUCUUGGGCUUCACCGUGUGCUUGAACAGCAUCCUCGCCUAUGGCGGUAUGCUGGUGGUGAUGAGCAAAUUCGCGAUCGACGAGUACGUGAAGGCGGCGGCGAAGUACCGCGCCACGGUGAACAUGGUGGCCCCGCCAAUUCUCAUCUCGCUGAUGAAGAAUAAGGAGCUCGUCCAGCAGCACGAUUUGUCUUCGCUGACGUGUUUGUUUUCUGGUGCGGCCCCGCUCGGCCCGGAGGUGAUUCAGAUGGUGGAGGCGAUGCUGCCGGGGACGACUGUCGCGCAAGGCUACGGCAUGACGGAGAUGUCGCCCUGCGUAACCGGGCCCGUUAAGGGCCAGCGCUCCACCUUGGGCAGCUGCGGAUUUAUUAUGGCGGACACUGAAAUUCGCGUUGUCAAGGUCGAUGACAGCCAGCAGAGUGGUGCUGACAAGUCUGCCGGCAUUGACGUGCAGGCUGGCGAGGAGGGCGAGAUUUGGGUGCGCGGCCCGCAGUUGAUGAAGGGCUACCUGAGGGACGAGGACACCGCGAUGUGCAUGCAGGAUGGAUGGUUCCGCACCGGCGACAUCGGCAACAUCCUGCUCAACACCGAGGAACUGAUGAUUACGGACCGGCUGAAGGAGCUGAUCAAGUACAAGGGCUUCCAGGUGUCGCCUGCUGGGCUGGAGGCGCUGCUGCUGAGCCAUCCGUGGGUGAAGGACUGCAUCGUGUUUGGCGUGCCUGAUCCUCGCGAUGUGAGCUUUGAGAACCCGCGUGCGUUGGUGGUGCUGCAGCCGGACGUGCCCACCAAAGACGCCGUGCGUGCCUCGGACGAGCUGUACCGCUUUGUGAUGUCGCGCAUGCCGCCCCACAAGCGCCUGCACGGUGGUGUGCGCAUUGUGGACGAGAUCUCGCGCAAUGCCGCCGGUAAGCUGAUGCGUCGGCAGAUGCGCCAGGAGGAGCUGGCCAUGAUGAAGGCAAGCAUGGAACAGGUUCAUGGCGCCGACUCCGCCGCUACGUAG